UUUAAGACACCCAAGGACACUUUACAAGAACAAAAAACACCAAACAAUACGGGUUGAGCAGCGGCAGCCAAAACGCGCCAGCGUUCACUCAACCCGGAAGUCAGAAAGAAACCACAAGGGAGUGAGAGGGGGAGAAAAAAAACCCCACUCUUGAACUACCCUCAAUUUGAGGAUAAUUUCAGGUAGGCAAAAACCUCCUGCACAAGCAUAUGACAGUUACAACAGGUCACAAGACAUAAACAAUGAAGACUGUGACACAAGGGAAUGUAUAAAGGAGGGGGUGAUGGUGGGGGGCUAGCUUCCGUGCAUACUUUCAUCAGGGGAAGGUCGAGAUAGCAGAUGUUGUUUUGGUAGCAGGUGAGAAUUUUUCACCACCCGACAAUAAAAACUCUGACCCUACUGAAGCAGGAAAUUCACAUACCAAAAAACAUGGACUUCGAAUCCUUUGAUGACCCUUCCAACCCUUUGAUGACCUCCAACCCUACUGACCACAAGACAUUUGACCCUGACAACAACUUGGACCCGGACAAUAACUUUUUCAAGACCGACCGACCGCAAGGCAGCCAGCGACGACCGACCGUGAGGGAGCCAGUGAUGACCGCGAGGAAGCCAGCGACAACUGCAGGGAAGCCAGCGACCGUGAGGAAGCCUGGAGACAACCAGCCUGCGACCACCGUGAGGGAGCUAACGACGACCGCAAGGGAGACAGAGACGACCGAGAGGAAACCAGCGACGACUGCAGGGGAGCCAGUGACCGCGAGGGAGCCGGGAGACGGCGAGCCUGAGGCAGCCGGGAGACAACCAGCCAGCGCGCGUGAGAGAGCCGGGAGGCAGCCGGCCGGCGAGCGUGAGGGAGUCGGCGACGACCGCAAGGGAGCCAGUGACCACGAGGGACCCAGUGAUGACGGCGAGAGAGCGAGCGACGACAGCGAGGGAACCAACGACGGCCGUGAGGGAGCCAUCGACGACCGUGUGGGAGCGGGAAAUUCACAUCCCAAAAACAUGAACUUCGAACCCUUUGAAGAUAUUGACUAUAAGCCAUUCAAUCCCGAGAACAAUUUGGACCCAGACAAUAACUUCUUCAACAACAAACAAAGGGUAACAAACUCUGACUAUUACCUGGAUGAACAAUUCAACACUAAUAUAAAAUUGGAAAAUGCACUUUCGGUAAUACACUUGAACAGUAGAAGUCUCUAUAAAAACUUCACAAAAAUUAAAGAAUACCUGACUAAAUUCAAUAAAUUUAAAGUAAUUGCCAUAUCAGAAACUUGGCUUGAUGAAGAUAAAACAACUGAAAUGGAAAUAGAAGGUUAUGAAAUGUUUGCAACUAAUAGAGAAAACAAAAAAGGAGGGGGGGUUGCAAUAUAUGUAGACAAAGCACUUAAAUGCAGUAAAAUCGAGAGAUUGACAAACACAAUAGAAAACCUAAUGGAAUGUCUAACCAUUGAAAUACACAAUAAAAAGGCAUCAAAUAUCAUCAUAAGUUGCAUCUAUAGGACACCAGGAACAUGUAUUGACACAUUCAAUAAAAAACUAACAGAUAUGCUCAGUUACUACAACGAUAAGAAAACACGAAUAAUAUGUGGUGACUUUAACAUUGACUUAUUAAACCCAAAUAGACACAAAAAAACAACUGACUUCAUAAAUACUAUGUACAGCAACAGCUUUUUCCCAGUAAUCCUGAAACCUAGCAGAAUAACAGUUGACACGGCCACAUUAAUAGAUAACAUAUCUAUAAAUAAGAUUGAUCAUAAAAUGGAAAGUGGACUUCUCAUUAAUGACAUGAGUGACCACCUGCCUGUUUUGGCAGUUUUUCAUAAUUAUUUCGAUAGAAAAGCUAAAUCAACAACUCGUAUAACAGAAAUAAGACUAAGAACCCAACGUUCAAUCGAUGCCUUUAAGCAAGACCUAGAAAAACAAAACUGGACCGAGGUCUACUCAAACAAAGACCCAAAUACAGCGUUUGAAGUAUUUCAGUCUACCAUAAUCUCCUUAUAUGAUAAACAUUUUCCAUUAACUAAAGUUUCCAAAAAGUAUAAAGACCCAAGUAAGCCAUGGAUAACGAAAGGCAUAGAAAACGCAUGUAAAAAGAAAAACAAUUUAUAUAAAUUGUUUUUAAAAUUCAGAACUGAAGAAGCAGAAAAAAAUAUAAGACCUAUAAAAAUAAACUAGUAAAUAUUAUAAGAACCAGUAAAAGAGAUCAUUA